AGUAACCACGUGAUUCACGUACUGGAUAAAAGAUGACUGUCUCCUACACUGCCGAGGUAGCCACUUGCAGAGGCCUCGGGUGCUUCCUCAAGUUAUUACUCAGAUGGCGAGCGAGCAUUUACAAACUUGUCUGGCUCGAUCUCACACUCUUCCUCUUUAUCUACUAUUCUCUCUCCGGCAUUUACCGAUUGCUGUUGAACGAGACACAAAAGAAGACGUUCGAAUCUGUGGUAGCGUACUGCAACGAGUACAGCGACCUGAUACCACUGUCAUUCGUCCUAGGUUUCUAUGUCAGUAUCGUCAUGACCAGAUGGUGGAAUCAAUAUAUGACGAUACCAUGGCCUGAUUCCAUCGCAGUCUUCGUAUCAGCCACUAUACAUGGGAACGAUGACCGCGGUCGUCUAAUGCGUCGAACAAUCGUUAGGUACGUGUGCGUUUGUCUGACUAUGGUUCUAACAAACGUUGCACCGCGUGUAAAAAAGAGAUUUCCUACUCUAGAGCAUUUCGUGGAGAGUGGCUUGUUACUGGACAAUGAAUUAUUGAUAUUUCAAAAUCUAAAUGCGAAAUUCCCGAAGCCAAGUAAACAUUGGCUGCCGAUAGUUUGGGCUUCUAGUAUCGUGACCCGAGCUCGACAGGAAGGUCGAAUACGUGACGAUUUUGCGGUGAAAACUCUAAUUGAUGAACUUAACAGGUUCCGUGGAAUGUGCGGCAGUAUAUCGCAUUACGACACAAUCAGCGUCCCGUUAGUGUAUACUCAGGUCGUAACAUUAGCCGUCUAUACAUAUUUUUUGACUACUGUGAUGGGUCGUCAAUGGGUUCAAAAGUCAAACUCGGACAUAGAUCUGUACUUUCCAGUAUUCGCGACGUUGCAAUUCUUUUUCUAUAUGGGCUGGUUAAAAGUAGCCGAAACGUUAAUCAAUCCAUUCGGCGAGGACGACGAUGACUUCGAAGUAAACUGGUUAAUCGAUCGUAAUUUGCAAGUGAGCUAUCUAAUUGUCGAUGAGAUGCAUCACGAUCAUCCUGAACUCAUACGUGAUCAAUAUUGGGAUGAAAUAUUCCCUGCGGAGCUCCCGUAUACCGCAGCAGCACAACCCUACCGCGAGGAACCUCCUGAACCUUCAACAGCCGGUAUACAAUUGUCUGCCGCGCAACAAGAAUUGCAACCAUCGUCGAUUAAAAUUGACGAGAUGAUAGCGACGGACGAUCAGAAAUUCCGCACCGAUAUCGCCGACGAUGCUGCAUCAGGAAUACAUUUUAUCGCAGGAAAACUGUCCCGAAGCAAUACAGACAGCACCGAGAGAUUAAUAAGAAGCGCCAGUAGAGUAAGCAAUCGAGAUCGCAAUAUCAGCAGUGGUUCGACUCCUAGCAAUUUGGGUGAGUCCCUUACGAGGGUAGCCAGCGUCACCAACGCACUUAAGCGAUUGUUUAGCAAAGAUGACAGGACGGAUGGGAAUACUGCGAAUACCGCCAAAACCACGGGAAAGAUGUCGAGCAUGGGUUCAACAGCUUCAUUGCAGCAACGACCACCUGGUGCAGGUGGUUCCAUGAGAAUAGGCGUCAUUGAGGAAGUGGACGAGCAGAUGACAUUGACAUCGUUAAGACAAGCGAACGAAAACAGACCUCACGUACAAAGUAUAUUUCCGCAAGGUCCGCCACCUGCGAGUGAUCCCGUUGACGUUCCCGGUGCCGCACAAUCUUACAGCCGUGAGAUAUUCUCCAGGAGUGCACCCGCGCGUGCGGCAGCUUUAACGAUAGCCGGCAGUACGGAAUUCCCGUUCGAAAGGCGGAACAUUUUAAGAACCCAGGAAUCCACACAUUCGAUGAGGUCGAGCACCGUUUAUGAACCAGCGCCUAGUUAUACCGGUAGUGGAAUAAAUGACGACUUGCGUAGUACAUCAAGCACCUCUUCUAGUGACGUUGGCGCAAGCGAAUUUACGAAAUUGAAAACCGAAAGGAAGGAGAAAAGACGUAACCGGAAACUCACUCGAAGUGCUAGUGGCCUAAACGAAGAUGAAUCGAGAAGCCCUCACGAUUCGGAAACUCUUCUACUAACGGAAUUAGCGGACGCAUCGCGACAAAGUAUGAGGAAACAAAGUGAUAGAAACGAUGAAAUUUAGGAAAAAUACGAUGAUUUUUGAUAUUAGUUCGUCUAAAUAAACUUGAAUAACAAAUAAUUCAAUCAAAGUAAGAAAAUAACGUGACAAUACAUCAUAUAAAUGACAAUUUUGUUACAUGUCUGCGAUGUACUUAUGAAAUAAGUUUUAUGAAACAAGUUCACCAUCAAACAACGAUAAUCAUGUAAUAAUGUUACAUGUACAUA